AUGGGUCCCUGUACGGCCUCCCAUUGCUGCUGACUUCAUCGCCAGACUCUGCCAUGUGCCACUUUCAGGUCUCCUCACACUGCUGGUGGGUUCCAUUUUGCUUCAUAGGGUGCUGUAUGGCCUCCCAUUGCUGCUGCCUCCACCGCCACACUGUGGCUCCACACUCUGGUUUUGGCCCCGUGACUGCCCAAAUGAGUGAAGGUGUGCGGUGAUUCUAAGAUCGACGGCACUCAUCUGCAUGUCAUUACUGACUGACAGUAUUAUUUCUCUUCCCCAGCAGACUCCAAGGGCAUUUAAUAAUUAAAGGUACAGUGUUCUGCACUAAAUUAA